GAUCCGUCAUGCUCUCAUGCCGGCAACGCGGAAACCACGUCCUCAAAACAAGCGCACUUAGUAGACGCGUCGCAGGAAGGUCGUACUCAAACAAAGUUAGAGUAUUCCCCUUCGUCGCGUCCAAGGAAAAGGCGGUCGCAUGGCUCAACUGUGGGGCUGCGUUGACCACAGGAGAUAGACCGCUUAAUACAUUGCUCCGCUACGUGUUCCCCAGCCUUGACUUAGAUGCGUUGCGGCCCGUCCGCGUCCAGCCAGCAUACAUUCCGACGUGGGUGGUCGACGCGGAACUCGAGGGCACGAUAUGGGCCAAGAAGCAGGACACGGAUGAUCACUUCACGAAGGACACUGCUCAAAUUCAAUUUGCCCAAACAGAACUACCCGGCUUCACAUAUCGACCUCUGUCGAGCUUGAGUUUCAUGACGCCUGAGCUGCUCGAGGCCAACACGGUGCCAUGGUCGGACGACCUACGCAAGAACGGGGAGGACCAGGUCUUGUGCCCGCCGUUCGCACACACCCCUUUCCAUUUAUCCGAAGCGAUGCGUACGCUGUCGACCGCUGAUGCAACAGUUGCGGACGUACUCCGCUUCGAGCCGUCUUCUGUCAAAGAGACCAUGAUGGCGGCGUACCCCGUCCUCAUCCCCGUCUACCUCGCGCAGUAUAAAGUCAUGACCCCAAUCAAGGGCCAGCGACAAGAGAUGACCAUCACCGCCUAUUUGGAAGCCGGCGUCCCCAACGGCCGCAUCGCGGGCGAGACCGUCCCCGUCCUCAAGGAGAUGCUGGGCAUGUGGGGCAUCGACCCCCCAGAAUUGCUCGUCGGCGGCCGCUACAAGGACCUCGUGCACAACUUCACGAACGUCCGCAGCCUCACCGCGCACAACGUCACGCUCGCGCACCGCACGCUCGUCGAGGAGUACGCGGACCGCGCGCUCGUCGCGGGCAAGCCGCUCCGGCGGUACAGGGAGCGCUUCUUCCCCCCGGCGCGGGGCGCGGCGGCGAUCGACUGGACGGACACGCGCAUCCGCCCAUUCGAGCCGGAGGAGCGCCACACGAACCUGCGGUGGCUCGCAGCGAGUGCAGACCUGUUUCUGCUCAGAUCGAUGCUGCAGGUGUAUGAGCGCAGACGCGAGACAGGCGGGCGAGCCUGCCGUGCAGGACAGCGAGAUCGAGUGGGUGAAGACGCAGAUUGCCGCGGCGGAGAAGGACAGCGAGGAGCGCAAGCCGGCGUGGUUGUCUGCGUACGAGCUCCAGGAGCGCCUGCUUGAGGGCUCUCCGGCACACGCGGCGUCGGAGACUGCGACGAGUGAGGGACAAACACAGACAGUGCAGCAGGAGCCGGAACAGCCGAAGCCUUAGCAGACUUUAGCGCAUGUACUUCGUGCUUCAAGUUGUUGCUCUCUGGACCACCUUGAUUGGUUU